AUGAAGACGACGUGGAAGGAUAUUGCGCCUGUGCCCACCAGCCAGGAAUUCCUGGACAUUGUCCUGAGCCGUACUCAGCGACAACUGCCUACCCAAAUUCGUGCUGGUUUCAAGAUCAGCCGUAUCAGAGGUUUCUACACCCGUAAGGUCAAGUAUACCCAGGAGACCUUCUGUGAGAAGUUCCAGGCCAUUCUCGAUGGAUUUCCUCGUUUGCAGGAUAUUCAUCCUUUCCACAAGGAUUUGAUGAACACCCUUUACGACGCCGACCAUUUCCGCAUCGCCCUUGGUCAGGUUUCGACUGCCAAGCACUUGAUUGAGACCGUUUCCCGCGAUUACGUUCGACUUAUUAAAUAUGCGCAAUCUCUGUUCCAAUGUAAGCAGCUGAAGCGUGCCGGUCUCGGUCGCAUGGCCACCAUUUGUCGCCGUCUUAAGGACCCUCUCGUCUACCUGGAGCAGGUCCGUCAGCAUUUGGGUCGUCUCCCCUCGAUUGAUCCCAACACCCGCACUCUCCUGAUCUGCGGAUACCCCAACGUUGGAAAGUCCAGCUUCCUGAAGAACAUCACCCGCGCCGAUGUCGAUGUUCAGCCCUAUGCUUUCACCACCAAGUCCCUGUUCGUUGGUCACUUCGACUACAAAUACCUGCGUUUCCAGGCUAUUGAUACCCCCGGUAUUCUCGACCACCCUCUGGAGGAGAUGAACACCAUUGAAAUGCAGUCUAUUACCGCUGUUGCUCACUUGCGUUCCGCCAUUCUGUACUUCAUGGAUCUUUCCGAGCAGUGCGGUUACUCCGUUGCCGACCAGAUCAAGCUUUUCCACAGCAUCAGACCUCUGUUUGCCAACAAGGUUGUGUACCUCAUUGUUAACAAGAUCGAUGUUCGCCGCCCCGAAGACCUGGACCCCGAGGAGCAGGAGCAAAUUCAGGAGAUUCUGAAGUCCGGAGAUGUAGAGAUGCUGCAGGUCUCUUGUACCACCACUGAGGGUGUCUCUGCCGUGAAGAACGCUGCAUGUGAUAAGCUCCUCGCUGAGCGUGUCUCACAGAAACUCAAGUCCAGCUCCAAUGCCGCCGGCACCCCCGGUGGCCGUCUGGGCGAUGUUUUGGCCCGUAUUCACGUUGCCCAGCCUAUGGGCGGUGUUGUCCGCGAGACUUUCAUCCCCGAGGCCGUCAAGGAGCUCAAGAAAUACGACAAGAACGACCCCAACCGCCGCCCACUCGAGCGCGAUCUGGAAGAGGAGAACGGUGGUGCUGGUGUGUACAACUUCGACAUGAAGCGCGACUACACACUGGGCGACGCAGACUGGAACCACGACAAGAUCCCCGAAGUGUGGAACGGCCGGAACAUCUACGACUUCGUCGACCCCGAUAUCGAGACCAAGCUCGCUGCUCUGGAGGAAGAAGAGGAGAAGCUCGAGGCAGAUGGAUACUACAACUCCGACGAGAGUGUGGAGGAUGCCGAGGAUGCCGAUACCCGUAUGAAGGCGGAUCUUAUUCGCGAGAAGCGCGUGCUCAUGAAGAACGAAGCCAAGAUGCGCAAGUCUCUCAAGAACCGUGCCCAAAUUCCCCGCAGCGCCAAGUCCAAGAAGCUCUCCCAGUUGGAGCGUGGUCUCGACUCUGCCGGUUACGAUAUCGAUGCUGCUGGCGACCGUGCUCGCUCCCAGACCAACUCCCGUGGUCGUCCUCUUACCCGCGACGAUGGUGCUGGUGGUGAUGACGACGCUAUGGAUCUGGAUGAUCCUCGCGCUGCCAUUGCCCGUGCUAAGAGCCGUGCCCGUAGCACAGCGGCUACCGAUCGUCGUAACGAUGGUGUUACAGAUGAGACUGCCCGUACCAAGGCCGACCGUCUGUUCAAGCUGGGACAGAAGAAGAUGAACCGUAUGGCCCGACAGGGUGAGGCCGAUCGUCACACCACUGCUUCUCUCCCCAAGCACUUGUACACCGGAAAGCGUACUAUCGGCAAAACCCAACGCCGUUAA